CUUUCGCUCUUCUCCAAAUCCUAGAAAACCCGACAGAGAGAGAGAGAGGCGAGAGAGAGGGAGACAGGUUGAUCUCUCGCUGUUCAGAUCCUCUGGAGAUGUCGAGCGGGAGCGACGACCUCGACGAGGACGAGCUCCUUCAGAUCGCACUCAAGGAGCAGGCCCAGCGCGAACUCAACUACCAGAGGCCCUCCGCCGGUGCGGCGCAUGGACAGUCCCGCCCUGUCGUCAAUCUCGUGCAGCCGCCUUCUUCCUCCAAGCAGCGGAACCCGACCAGGGCUCCUCCGCAAGGGAAGCAGCGGGCACCGGCCAAGGAGGAAGAGGAUUCCGAGGUAGAAUUGCUGAGUAUUUCCUCGGAAGAUGAUGAUUCGGUCUUGGGCGGUCCCGCCAGCCGGGCGGCAUCUAGGAAAGUCGGGAAGGAUGAGAUCGGAGACCGUGGAUGGGACGGUGAGGAGCCCAGCACGUGGAAACAUGUCGAUGAGGCGGAGCUUGGUCGUAGAGUGCGUGAGAUGCGAGAAACAAGAUCUGCUCCAGUUGCUCAACCAUAUGAACCGAAGGCUGCUGCAUUGGGUCGGAAGGGGCUCACUAAUAUGCAGUCCUUACCCCGAGGCAUGGAAUUUCUGGAUCCAUUGGGACUUGGGAUCAUUGAUAUGAAGACCCUGACCUUGGUUAGCGAUUCUGUAGAAAGCGCUCCAGCUGAUCAAAGAGACAAUAAUGAUAGAGAUGUUGUAGAUCAAAACAUGCGAGAGAAGUUGAUGUUCUACUCUGAUAAGUUUGAUGCACGGCUUUUUCUUUCUCGGAUCCACCAGAAUACAAGUGUAGCAGAUUUGGAGUCUGGAGCCCUUGGUUUAAAAACUGAUUUGAGAGGGAGGACUCAGCAGAGAAAGCAAUUAGUAAAGGAAAAUUUUGACUGUUUUGUCUCUUGUAAAACUACAAUAGAUGAUAUUCAAUCAAAACUAAAGAGAAUAGAGGAAGAUCCUGAAGGUGCUGGGACAGCCAAUCUUUACAAUUGUAUAAGGGAUGUCAGUUCAGUUGCCAAUAGGGCUCUUGAACCUCUGUUUGAAAGACAGGUUCAAGCUGAAAAGAUAAGGUCAGUUCAAGGGAUGCUUCAGAGAUUUCGAACACUUUUUAAUUUGCCAAGUGCAAUACGUGGAAAUAUCAGCAAGGGUGAAUAUGAUUUGGCUGUCAGAGAGUACAGAAAAGCAAAAUCAAUUGUUCUGCCUUCUCAUGCUGGAAUGUUGAAACGUGUCCUUGAGGAGGUUGAAAAAGUCAUGCAUGAGUUCAAGAGCAAGCUUUAUAAGUCAAUGGAAGAUCCCCAAAUUGCCUUAUCAGAUCUUGAGAACACAGUCAGACUUCUGUUGGAGUUGGAACCUGAUUCAGACCCUGUAUGGCAUUAUCUCAACAUACAGAAUCGCAGGAUACGUGGCUUGCUUGAAAAAUGCACUUUAGAUCACGAGCAUAGAAUGGAAGCUUUGCAUUCCCAGAAGCGUGACAAGAUUCUCUUGGAUGUAAGAUGGCGGCAGCUCCAGCAUGAUCCAAAUAAGUCUUCACCAGUAGACUUGUCUGUUCUCCUGGGGCCUAAUACUGCAUCAAUGGAUGCUCAACCUGUAGAUUUAGCUGGGGAGGAAGUGGAUGCUCUUAGAGGGAGAUAUAUUCGGCAUUUAACUGCUGUCCUUAUCCAUCAUGUCCCUGCAUUUUGGAGAUUAGCACUUUCUGUAUUUCAUGGAAAAUUUGCAAAGUCUUCACAAGUUGAGAGUAAUGCUAAAUCCUCUGUACAAGCAAAAGCUGAUGACAAGACCGGUGAUAUGAGGUAUUCAAAUCAUUCUGUUGAUGAAGUUGCUGAAAUGAUACAUGGUACUCUAUCAAUUUAUGAGGCUAAGGUGAUGAAUGCAUUCCGUGAUCUUGAAGAUUCAAAUGUUCUUUAUAGACACAUGAGAGAUGCAACAAAAGAAAUUGCUAAGGCAUGCCACGCUGUUGAAGCAAAAGAAUCUGCUCCUGCAAGUGCAGUUAAGUUCUUGUUCGCUCUCCAUUUGGAACUUGCAAGGAUCUAUAUCUCAAGACUGUGCUCUUGGAUGAGGGCAGCAACAGAAGAGCUCUCAAAAAAUGAGCUGUGGGAACCUGUAUCUAUGCUAGAGCGGAACAAGUCUCCGUACACUAUUUCCUUGUUGCCUUUAGCAUUUCAGGCCAUGGUGGUAUCUGCAAUGGAUCAGAUUGAUCUGAUGAUGCAAAGCCUACAAGGUGACAUGGUAAAAUCUGAUGACAUGUUUCUUCAAGUUCAAGAAAUGCAAGAAACUAUUAGGUUGUCAUUCCUAAGUUCUUUCUUAGAGUUUGCAGGUUAUCUCGAGAGAAUUGGAAGUGAACUUUCUCAAGAUAAUAAAGAUGUUUCAAGAUUGCAAAAUGGGACCCUCACUGAGUACGAUGAAAAUUUUUAUGGUGUUCAGCAAGGUGCUGUGAUUGGUGAUUCACAUCAAAAACUUUUGGUUGUCUUGAGUAACAUAGGGUAUUGCAAAGAUCAUAUUGCUCGUGAACUGUAUCAGAAGUACAGGCAUGUCUGGAUGCAGUCAAGGGAGAAGGAUAAUGAAGAUGAUGGUGACAUAAAAGACCUGACAUUAUCAUGUUCAGCAAUAGAGGAGAAGGUCCUUGCUUAUUAUACAUAUGCAAAGGCAAACUUGAUCAGAGAUGCUGCAACUGCUUACCUUUUAGAUGGUGGAAUUCAAUGGGGAGCUGCACCAUCAGUCAAAGGUCUACGAGAUGCAGCUGUGGAGCUGCUUCAUACUCUCAUUUCAGUCCAUGCAGAGGUCUUUUCUGGCGCCAAGCCUCUUCUUGAAAAAACACUGAGUGUUUUGGUGGAGGGCUUGAUUGAUACACUUCUUGGUCUUUUCAAUGAAAACCAGAAUAAAGAUCUCAAAUCAUUGGAUACAAAUGGCUUCUGUCAGCUCAUGCUUGAGUUUGAAUACUUUGAAACUAUACUGCAUGCUUAUAUCACUUCUGAAGCACGGGAAGCUUUAAAAUCUUUACAUGAUCUACUGCUUGAGAAAGCAUCAGAAAGCGUGAAUGAGUCUUUAGAGACACCAAUGCAUGGUCGUCGGCCAACACGUGGUGAAGACACACUUAUGGAAGACAAGCAACAUGGAGCGGCCAUGUCCCCAGAUGACCUGAUUGCUUUGGCACAACAAUAUAGUUCAGAACUGCUUGCGUGUGAGCUCGAAAGGACCCGCUUAAACAUUGCCUGCUUUAUGGAGUCUUCUUCUCUGCCUCUAGAUUCGGUGCCAGAAAAUGUGAAAGCAGCAUAUUCCUCCUUCAAAGCUCCAGUGGCCUCCCCAAGAGAUUCCCACGUGGUGCAGCCAGUUGGAUCUCCAAUGGCUGGACGGCAGAGAAGAAGAGGAUUUUAGAUCUAUUAUUUGUCUGUAAUGAUGCAAUUAUUUGGUUAAUUAUUCAUUCUUUUACUGUGUUGUAUUUAUAUGUUUUUGCUUAAGCGGUCUGUGUAAGUGUUGCUUCUGCCUAAUGCACUUCUCCUCUUCAGUAAAUAAAUAUAAUAUUUGCUAGCGUUCAUUAUA